AUGUUAUAAAUCGAAGUUAUUUGCUUUGGAUUAGCAGUUGAAGUAGAACGCUUUCAAACUGAAAUCAAAAAACUAAAUCUAGAUAUUGAUCAAACAAAUCUUCAAAAUAAGGAUCUACAUACUGUCAUUAAUCAAUAAUCUACAGAAAUCAAAUUACUCCAGACUAAAUUAAAUGACUCUGAAAGAGAGUAACUUAAACUUUUAAAUCAAUACAAAUCUUUAUAAUCAGAGCAUCAACAUGUCAUUGAUCUAAUUAAUUAAAUUACAGCUGGUCAGAUGACUUUAUAGUAAUUGAAGAUAUUGGUUGAUGAGCUAAAAAACAGAUCUAUAUUAUAUUUUGAAAUUUUAGAAUUGCUUCAAGGAUAAGAUCUUUAAGACGUAAUCUCUAAAGCUGAAUAGUUUAAAUUAUAAUACAAUAUUAACUAAGAGUUAAAAGAUUAAUUAGAAUAAUAUCCAUAAAUUGUUAUCAAACUUAAUCAAGAUAUAGAUAGACAUAAAUAGGAAUUAUUUACCAAUAAGUAAAGCAUUAUCAAUUUAGAAUAAAUUAUUGCUAAUCUUAAUUAAGAAAUACAUAAACUUAAAUUAAUUAUAAAAGAAGAAUAAAAUAAAAACACUUUUAAUCAAUCCUAAAUAUGUAUAUAAUUAGAAACUGAAUUAAAUUAACUCAAAUCCAAACUAACUCAAGUUGAAUAAUCAAAAGAAGAGUUAGAAGAUGAAAUAGAAUAAGUUAAUGUUUAAAAAAAUUAAAUGGAAUCUCGACUUUAAGAUAUUCUUAAAGAAAAUAAUAAAAUUUUGAAUGAAAAACAAAAAUAAGCAUCAGAAUAUACUACUUUGAAAGAUGAACUAAAUCAAAAAUUGAUUUAUUAGAUUAAAAUUAACUAAGAUUUAAAUUAAAAAAUUAUUUCAUUAGACACUCAAAUUAAAAUACUUAAGUCUUAAUUAGAAGAAGACAAAGAUCUUAAAAUUAAAAUUAGUCAUUUUGAAACUCAAAUAUCGAAUUUAAAUCUUAAAAAUUAAGAAAUGAAAAUAAAUCAUUAAAAUUAGAUAUCAGAAUUAUAAAAUUAAAUAAGAAAUUAUAAACUAUAAAUUUAAGUCAAUGCUGAAGAAAUCAAUUAAUUCAAACUUAGACAUGAAUAAUUUUAAACAUAAAAGGAUUCUUAAAAUACAUAAUUUAUUAAUUUCUAAAAUUAAAUUUUAUAAUUAAAAUCAGAAAUUGAAAAAUAAGGAAAUUAAAUAAUAUAACUUUCCUCUGAAAAUUAAGAACUAUAAUAGAUUUUAGAUGAAAAAGAGCAAGAAAUAGGAGGGGUGAAUCUCUACUCAAAGAAAUUGCUUGGAACUCAUGAAAUUAAUAUUAAGAAAAUUGAAACUCUAGAAGAAGCUAAUAGAGAGUUAUAAUCUAAAUAAAACUCUCUUUAAAAGACCAUUAAAGAAACAUAUUCUUAAUUAGAAGCCUUAAAAUUUGAAGUCAUAGAGAAAAAUUAAUUGCUAUAAGAAAAAUUAUCUUUAGAAUAAGAAUUAAUCAAAUUAAAUUAAACUAACCAAGAAUUAAAUGAAUAAUUAGUUUAAUUGAAAAUUGAGAUUAACAACUAUUAAACUUAAAUAAACAAUUUGACUUUUUAAAUUGAUAAUACUAAAAUAGAAUUAAGAAGUUCAUACUAAGAAUAAACUUCAACUGAAAAUCAAAUGAAAGAGAUGUUCUCAAAAAUUGAAUAGCAAGAAAUUAUAAUUAAUUAACAGUAAAACUAAAUUUAACAAUUCUUGGAUGAAGUAAAAUAACUUAAUGAAAAUAUUUUAAAUUAAAAUAAAAAAUUUGAAGAAGAAGAAAUUCUUAUCAAACAAUUAAAGGUAGAAUUAAAUGAAUCAAAUAAAAAAAUAAAGAAACUUGAAGUGGAACUCAAUAUUAAAAAAAAGGAAUAUGAUGAAUUAGAUGAUGAAUAUGAUUAAGCUUGGAAUGAAUUAAAUGCUUUUAAAAAUGAUCAAUAAAAAUAAUUUACCGAUGAAAGGGUAGAAGAAUUACAGCAAAUAAUUGAGAAUAAUAAAUUAUAACUCCUUGAAUAAAUCUAGGCUUUGGAAGAGUAUAAGUAAUAAUUAAUAGAUAAAGAUACACAAAUUAAUUAAAAGAUUUCACUUAUUGAUAAAUUUAAUAUUAAAAUAAUGAAUUAGACAAAUGAAAUACAUUAAUUGAAACAAUAAAUUUACAAUUAGUAAAUAAUUAUAGAUAAUAACUCUGAGAAAAUUAUAAACCAGGAACAAUAUAUAUAAGAAAUUUUGAAGUCUUUAGAAAGUGAAUUAUAAAAUUCAUAAUUUAGAGUAAAAGAUGAUACAGAAAGUUAAAAGAUAUCAGAUUUACAAUAAUUAAAUAAUAAUUUGAGUAAAGUUAUUGACGAAAAAGCAUAAAAGUUGGAACAACAAAAAAAUGAAAUUAUUAUACUUAUUGGAAAAUUAUAAGAAUAAGAGAUUUAUGUAAGAAGUAUGGAAUUAUAGUUGAAUGAAUUGAGAUUAAAAUAUGAAUAAUAGAUAUCAUGUUAAACGAUGUAUUAGAUAUCAUCAAUUAAUACAAAUUAUUUAUCAGAAGUAAAUAAGAAUGAGUAAAAGUACUAGUAACUUUUAUAGACAUAUAAUUAAUUAUAAAGAGAUUAUUAAUAAUUAUAAAGGAAAUUAGAAGAAUAUGAAAACAAAAUAGCAUUGCUUUCACUUGAGAUUUCAAGAUAUAGAAGUUCAUCCAAGAAAAGUUCAUCUUAAUUUAAUCAGGAAAUUUAAUCUAGUGCAAGAACUAGUAGAUACAACCUUGGAGAUUAAUCAAGUCAUUAUCAUGAAGAUUUAAAAACUGAAUAAUCCAAUUCCAGCUAAAUAUUUAUUUAGUAAUAAUCUAAUAAAAAUAUUGAUGUUUAAUGUUUGAUGGAUUAUUACAGAACAAAAAAAACAGCAUGA